AUGAAAUCUAUUGGUGAAAUUAUGGCUAUUGGUCGUAAUUUUGGAGAGUCAUUCCAGAAGGCUAUAAGUCAAAUUGUUACACCGUUUGUUUGGUUUCAAGGUGGUGAAUUUGAAAAUUUAAGUGAAGAACUUGCAGAACCAAUAGAUCGUCACUGUCCAGCUGUUGUUCAAAAAUUUGAAUUAGAAGGUUCAUUAUUUGCUUUAGAUAGAUGUGUUAUUUCAAGAGCUAAGAAAUUAUGGCUUUCAGAUGAACAAAUUGCCUUAGCUGUUGGUUCAACUGGAUUAGAAGUCAGAGUUAAAAGGAGAAAUUUUGAUUUCAUUCAAUUUCAUGAAUUAGGCAACGCAUUAAACGUUUUAGCAGAUAAUCCAGCUGCUAUUUCCAAAUUCAUUGAAGGUGCACAAGGAAUUGAUGCUGAUUCAGUUGCAGCUAAUGGUAAAGUUUUAGUUCACGCUGUCUUAAAACAUGUUGAGAAUGCAGGUACUCAUUCAGGUGAUGCUACAUUUGUUUUACCACCACAAAACUUUUCUCAAGAUGUUAUGGAUAGAUUUAAAGAAAUCGCCAUGGAAUAUCACAGGAAUUUCCAUUCACCAUUACCUCCAAGUGAUAUCUUAUUUGGUGGUGGCUUGAACAACGAUAAUUUAGGUCAAAUUGCCUUACAAUUCCCAUCAGAAGGUUAUAAGUAUUACACAGAUGCAUCACCAGAAUUAACUGAAUAUUCUAAAGCUUAUUUACCUGAAGGUAAUGCGGUUGAUAUUGUUGAAUUACUCAUAGCUAAUAAGAGAGCAUUACGUGAAGGUUUCCAAAAAUAUGAUUUGAGUAGUAUUUUCAAUUUAGCUAAAGCCAGCUGA